AUGGAUACCGGUGAUUUGAACCGACCAGCCCCACUCAGCACCUCUUCGUCCACAAGCCAUUCCUCUCGAAACAGGCCGCGUCAACCUCGCUCUCUGCCCAAUGCCGUAUUGCAAACAGCUAAAGAACUCAAGGGGAGGGCAAAUUGGGAGGUGGAUGCUGAAGAGAAUCAUGAAAGAAUCCAUUUCGGCCGAAUGAAGCAUGUUGCUGCUAUGGCCAAGCGAGAUCGACUGGUCUAA